GAUAUACAUGUAGCCAUGUUUUGUGUAGCACCUAUCAUUGGGAGGUCUGCUGUCGUCAAAUACAUACACAUCACUUUUAUCAAACCCACAAUACUCAACUAUUUAUAUUAUCCCUCUACCUGUUCAAUGAAUUUAAUACGACAGUAUCAUGUACAGAGACAACUUUAAACUCCUCCCUGCAAAAUGCAUGAUACAGCUGUACAGAUGUAGGGUAGAAUGUUGUUGGAAAUAAUACACACGAGUGUAUAAUAUGCGUAUGGAUUAAGUAUUAAUACAUAAAUCGGUGGCAAAGGUACUCACCUAACUUCGUCCUAACCUGCAACGAAUUAGCACAUAUAGCACUAUCUUUUUUGUAAUGAGAGUUGGAGAUUCACUAUAUGACCCGGAUAUAUAACGGCGUAUUCUCUCUAUACAUGCUCUACUUGUAUUUGUAUUUUUGAAAUGCCGAUAUCAUAUCGGGCUCUGAAUUGUGAAGCUGUAUCGUCUGCGUUGAGUAACCGCUAGUCUACAGAGAGUGAAUUUAUAUGUCAGCGUAGUAAUCUGAUUGAGAAAACAUAACACGUAAUGGACGGGAUUUCAGACAAGAAACUCCUGAACAUUGGUAAUUCGAUAGGGAACAACGACAAGCUCUUGGCUCUGGCACUUGAACUUGGCUUCACACAUGCAGAAUAUAAGAAUUAUAAAGCGACCAAUCAGGGAACGGGUGACGUCACCUCGGCGGGCACUAUCUCGAUGCUGUUUUGCUGGCGGGAGAAGAUGAAGAGGGAAGAGCAAGUAAGGGUUCUGUCAUGCGCACUUGAGAAGGUUGGCUUGGUGGAAGUAGCGGAGGAACAUCUGAAGGAGAGAGCUGAAGUGCAACCACUGGCACGCAACGAUAUUAAGGACCGUGCGAUACAUGUUAAAAGAAACUGCGGGAUAAGAAUCAACGAGAACGUUUCCGAGGUGCAGCUUCUUCAGAUCUCUCGCGAAUUCCCAAAUGAAAUAUUCGGCUCCUUCUGCUUGAGUUUGGGCGUCGGUUCAAACCAGUCCAGCAACAUCCUAUCAAAACAUUGCAAGGAUUAUCACAAAGCAAUGAUGGAAAUUCUAAUGAUGUGGAAGAAUAGGACUUGCGGCCCAUGUGAGGAGCUAGAGAGUGCCUUGGAGUCAUCGGGAGCAGCAGAUCUGAUAGGCAGCAUACUUUAUAAACCCAAAUGAUAAUAUUUCUUGGAUUCUCGGUCGACAUUGUAAGUUGGUGCAUCAGGCGAAGGGAAGACUUUUGACGCUUGAAAUCGGGAACUAACUCGAUUAUGUUAUAAGGCGUGGGUAAUUGUAUUCUUUUUAUAAGGGGGCUAUUUGUCCGAAAAAAUGGACAAGCUCGAAAAUAAAUAAAGAAUAUCUAUAUCAAAGAUCAUGUGUCACACAACUACUUAACAUCACUAAUGACUAUAUAGCUUUCUUCCCCUGAAAGUAUCGCUCACUCCUAAAUUUUUGCCCGCCACAAACAGAAUCGCUCCUGUGCCACAUUAAUUUCAAGGUGCAACCUUAAGAGGGUUUUGCAUGGACUAUGCUAAUUGUUUCUGACUUUUUGGAGAGACUUUUGGCUAUUGGUGAUAGUGGUAUAUUUCUCUUCUAGGCAGAUAUUGCAAAGCCCACUCUUUCUUAGGUUAGUAUUGGACAACUUUUUUUAUUCACUAUGUUAAAUCAAAUUUGGUGGUUGCUUCCUUCAGUUUCCAUAUAUACUUGGAAAGUUGAGUUUCAUUUUUUUUCAGGUUUUAUUGAUUUGUUGUAGUUCCUGUAUCUGAAAUAAUAUCAAAGUCAGAAAUAUUAUGGAAAUGCCGUCAUGGACGCCGAUCAAGACCCCUCAGAAAACCAACCAGGUGUGACGACCCAUUGCAGCACGCAGAACAAUCAAUUCGUUAAUCAUCAUUCUGCCUGAAGACCGCCGAGAGCGUGAAACCGACGGUAGAAGACCGAGCUGACCAAAAGGUUUAUUGUAAAAAAAUAUGUACAUAUUGGCGAAGGUUUGAGAAAUCCAUCAAAGAAUAGAAGUAAUUGGAAUUUUGAUUAUUUGAUAUGUGACGUCAUAUGCGAGCAGCUUUUCUAAAUAUCGUGUGUUAAAAACAAAAUCAGUGAAAUGCAAUUUUCUUAGAAUAUUGAAAAUGUUUUUUUUUUACUGUACCUUUAGUAUAUCAAUAAAUAAAUCAUUUCACACUCGUCUUCUGAAAGGAAAAUAAAAAUAAGUCAUCACGAACCUUUAGAAAAGUGAAAUAUGCGCAUUUUACAGUACAUAACAUAUGGGGCAGCUGCUCGUUUAUGACGUCACAAAUCCAAAACUGCAAAUUCUAAUUAAUUUCUUAAUCUCAAAUAUAUAUCCAAGGAAAUUGAUUUCUAUUAUUAUUGAUGUCAUUCAAUCAUUAAGCCAAAAAAUAUAUUUACUGUUCGGUACUUGAUAUGUUUUUUUCCUACUUUGUAUUGAUAUUGUAAACUGACCCAUUCAGCCCUGCUGCUGGUCAGUUUAUGUGCAUAUACCAACAAAUGAAUAAAAAAUAAUAAUACAUCAUAUAUGCUUAUGUACAACCUCUGUGAAACAGACCCAAAUCAAAGAACGAUUAAAGAAAAUAUUUAAAACAUUAAACAUGAA